UUUUUUCAGUCGGCGGCCGGCGCUAGCGUGUUUGCACGCUGCGCUCCUUUCCUGCCCCGCGCUCCAUUCCUCCGGUGCCGCCACCGCCGCCGCCUCUUCCCGGUCCCUCCCACCACCACCAUGGGCUUCGGAGAUCUCAAGACACCCGCGGGCCUGCAGCACCUCAACGACUUCCUGGCGGACAAAAGCUACAUCGAGGGGUACGUGCCAUCCCAGGCUGACAUAGCAGUAUUUGAAGCAGUCUCAGGCCCACCACCUGCCGAGUUGUACCAUGCUCUCCGUUGGUAUAACCACAUUAAAUCCUAUGAGAAGCAGAAAGCAAGCUUGCCAGGAAUAAAGAAGGCUUUGGGCAAGUAUGGGCCUGCUGAUGUAGAAGAUACCACAGGAAGUGGUGGAGCUACAGAUAGCAAAGAUGAUGAUGACAUUGAUCUCUUUGGGUCUGAUGAUGAGGAGGAGAGUGAAGAAGCGAAGAGACUAAGAGAAGAACGCCUUGCUCAGUAUGAAUCAAAGAAGUCAAAAAAACCUGCAAUUGUUGCCAAGUCUUCCAUCUUACUGGAUGUAAAACCUUGGGAUGAUGAGACAGAUAUGGCAAAAUUGGAGGAAUGUGUCAGAAGCAUUCAGGCAGAUGGCUUGGUCUGGGGAUCUUCUAAACUAGUUCCAGUGGGAUAUGGCAUCAAGAAGCUUCAGAUACAGUGUGUAGUUGAAGAUGAUAAAGUUGGGACAGAUAUGCUAGAGGAACAGAUAACUGCCUUUGAAGACUAUGUGCAAUCCAUGGAUGUUGCUGCCUUCAAUAAGAUCUAAAAACUACCAUCCUCAAAUUGCAUUUAAAUAAAAAUAUUUGCAAGCAAGA